AUGGUUAACCGCAGAAUCAGCAAAGAUAUCAAAGAAUGCGCUCUUCGACUCUGGGACCAUGGGUGGGAUUUAGAGGAUAUUGCCGAAGCACUAGGGGUUUCUCGAAGGAGCUGUUAUUGCUGGCUGCUGCCCCCUUCUCCGCUUGUUGGCCGUACUCGAACAAUCACUCGGGCACUCCUGACAGCUGUCGAAGAUAUCUUCACCGAGGACCCUGAUCUUUUCCUCGACGAAGUCUGUAUGUGGCUUGCAGUCGAGCACAAUAUCAUAAUCACCUCUUCAGCAAUUGGAAAACGUGCACAGCUUACCAAUGUAUUUGUCCGAGGGGAUCGUUACUCGCUGUGUGCUGCAAUGACGAUCAAUGGCUACACUGCAGCACGUGUUGUGGAGGGUUCAUUUGACUCAGAAGAAUUUUAUGAUUUUGUUGUCGAAGAAGUGCUUCCACAUAUGAAUCCAUUUCCCGAAGAACAAUCUGUGCUUGUUUUAGACAACUGCCGCAUCCAUCACAAUGAAGCUCUUGUUGCUGCCGUUGAAAGUGCUGGUUUGAUUCUUGUUUUUUUGUUGUUUGGUCCUCUACCUUCCACCAUACUCCCCAGAUCUAACGCCGAUCGAGGAAUCAUUUAG